UGUAAAAAAAAGAACAUUUUGCCAUUGAGUUUGAAGCCCAGAUUUUAGCCAAGGACACUUAGAAAAAGGGUGAACACCGCGAGUGUUUAAAAUCUUUGGGUGAAACUGCUCUGUGGGUCCAAAGCAGCAUAGUAGGUGGUCAACACAAGCACGUGAGAUAUAGCAGCAUCCAGAAGACCAUUUCUCAGCUGGAGAUACUCAUUGUCUUUGUGCACUCAAGGAGGCUAAUGGAGCUAGGAUCCACCUCGGGGAAAUGGCACUGAGGUUCUGCCUGGUUCAGAAAGUAAGUGGAGAUGGGCAUGUGGGUGUGUGUGUUGUGUGUGUAUCCCCUCCAAAAUGACACGCUUCACCAAAAGCUGGAGUGCUCAUAAAACUAACCCCACUGUAGCGCCUUGAACCACAAUGGCAUGUGCGGAUGGAGUGUGGCUCCCCAGAAAGUCUCGUCUUCUUGCCAACUCCAUCUCAACCCUUUCCCUCAUCAGAGAGGAAACGAUAACCACUGUGGUGAAGAGCCCAAGGCAAAGGGGAAGGGUUUCUCCUGCCCGUUCUUCUUCAGGUCAUUCACCUUCCCGCUCUCCGAGAGCGGAGCCAACUCCAGAGCCAGUUUACGUUUCAAAGAUCAGGCAGCCUGUCCACAGACAUGAGCAAGAGGCAACAUCGAAGUCUGCUGUCCCCGUGCUUUAUGUCACAGAGCCCGAGAACAAGCAAGGAGCAGCAGCAAGAGAAAUCACAGAGACCAAGACAGAAGAGCAAAAGCCCAAAUGGGUUGAAGUAGAAGAAAUAAUUGAAUUCAAGGUGAAAAAAUUACCAAAACCUGCAAGGAAAAGAGGAUCUUCUCCAGCAAAACAAGAAAAAGAUGACUCAGGGGUGUUAACAUUCACUUUUCCCAGCUCAAGGCCUAGGCAUUCCCCAGAUGAUGAUCCAAACACAAACAAUUCCAACAAUAAACUGGUGGAACAGUCAAAAUCUUCUUUGCCUAAAGACAGUCUCUCUGAAGUUGACAUCCAGCCCCUGGUUUAUGCAACAGAUCAGGAAGGACCUCAAGUCAGCAGCGAGGACAGAAGUUCCCCGUGUGGGUCUGAACAACUAGGCAAUAAUUCAUUUAUCGAUUACGGAACUGAAGGAAAGAGCAGCCCACAGGAAGCGAGCGCUCACUGUGGAUCAGGUGUCGAUUCCCCACUGCUUGCCUGCGGGGGUGAGCCCUUGAUCUUCAGCUUUGAGACCACUGCUGCAGACGAACACCAACUUCUGUUCUCACCAGCGAGCGCCGAGGUUAAAGAAGAGGAGGAUGAAUUAGACACAUCUUGGCCUGUUGAAGAGGGAGUACCCGAAGUAGUGCCAGAUGUCCUUCCAGAGGAGGAUAAUGUCAUCAUAGUUGAGGAACCAGAAGAACUACAGACAGAAGACAUUAGCACCCGGGACCGCAAAAUCUUAACCCACAAUGGCAAAGUAUUAACUUUGGAGGAUCUUGAAGACUAUGUUCCUGAAGAAGGCGAGACCUACGGGUGUGAUGAUCAGAACCAGACAGCAGACAAACCGUGUGAGAUCUCUGUGCUCCAGACAGAGAUUAACGAGCCAACGAUUGGAAAGCCAGUGCUGCUGAACCUGGGGCGACCCGUGGUUUCCAAGCCCAGGCAAAGAUUUUUCAGCAAGUUUGAGGAGCACGUUCCUGGGGGCAUGUUCGUGUCGGCAUCUAGAGUAACUGGUGUGCAGUCUGUAGGCCCCUCAAACAUCUCUUUCCACGUGAGUGAUACCUGCAUGGCGGUGACGCCCGGAGUGCACGCAGCAACAGCAGCGGCUUCUUCUGGUCCCUCCUUUACAGUGAAACCAUCUUUCUGCACUGAAGUCCAGCUCUCGGCAGACAACGGACAGUCGAGUUUUAAAACUGAAGUUUCCACAAGAACCCUCAGCUAUGGGACUGUUGGUGAGCCUGUUACGCUGCACAUCAGCACAGAAGACCUCUCCCAAAGCUGAGCAGAUACAAGCAUAAUUUUUAACACAAAAGAAAAGCAGAAAAAAAAAAUCAAAACUGUUGUAGGUGAGGAGAAUUGGUGGCAAUGAUUACACGGUAACAUGUAUGAGGGAAUACCUUUGAAAAAAAUGUAUUUAAAUAUGAGUUUUUCUAGUCUUAAAGGGAACAUGUAUGUCAGUUUGGUAAUUUUAAAAGCUUUGAUCGAGGUGAACAUAUAUCAUUCCAGAGUGGAGCCGUGGUGAUAGGUUUAAGAAAAGCCUGAUUCUCCUACCUGUGACACAAAUAUAAAUAAGUGCUUUUUUGUUCGUGAACAUAAAAAUUAUUUCACAUGCCAACUUGUAAAUUAUAGUGUGGCAAGAAGGUGAAAGUACCUAAGCUUUUCAGCAUCCUUCAGCAGCCAGAAUAGGAAGACUGUUUACAGCUAAAGCGAUCUCCUGUCACGGUGUGCACCUGAAGGUCGUGGAGUUUCUCACUGCUUUGACACCAAUUAGCUCUGCCAAAAUUUUCUUCAUAAACCUUUCAACAUGCACAGUCUGAUUAAAUUAUUAUGAACUUCUGCCACAGAAUGAAAUAACUACGAAAUAUUACAUUUACUAGGAAUGCAAAGGGCUGCUCAGACCUUUCAGUUGAAAUUCUAACUUGACUGAAGUCAGCGGUCAAAGUCCCACUGACUUGAGGAGGUCAAGGAUUUCAUUGCUCUCUUCUGCAUUGAGUUAAAAAAUAAAUAAAUAAAAAUACAAGAAAAAAUACCAUAUUUAAAAUGACAGCUAUGUUCAAGUCCACUUCCUAGUUGUGUAAAGAUGUAGGUUUCAUUUUCUCUGCAUUCUAGUGUAGUGGAUUUAUGACCCAUACCUUUUAAAAUACAGAUUUACUUAAUGCUCAGCAAAAGAUUAAAGGGCUGCACAAAAUGACUUCUGUAUCUAUAAUCAAAUGCUAACACACACAGAGAACCACAAAUGUGGUCUUUGUCAAUAAAUAUUACUGGUAGAAUAAUCUGGUAUAUUUGGUCUCCUGUCCAUGCCAGUGGUGAAACGUUGCUGUUAGCAGAUUGAUGGAUAACGUCUCCUAACAUGUUAAAAGGAAUUCACCACUGAGCAGCAGGAGCACAAACACAGUUAAAACCAAAACAAAGCAACAGAUCUUUACCAUAAAUGUCUGGCUGAAGAAUACACCUGUUGAUAAUAUUUUGGGCUGCUUGGAAGCACUGCCAGGUACAAUUGCAUCACGUUACUGUAACCACGUAUGUUGAACUGCACUGUAGAUGUCACCCUUACUGCCUUCUGUUGAGUUUCUCUGGAGCUUUGCAGCAGGAGAGCUGAUUGCGAGGGGAAGGCUGAGAUGCACCGGGCAUGGCUCAUUCAUUCCUGUUGGCUUCACCAAAAGUGGAAUUUGCACAAACCUUCAACAAGUUGCUCAGCCCUGGGAAGAAAUGAGCUCAUAGGCCCAAAUACUGGUCCCAGUUGAAGUCAACUGGAAUUUGUCAUUGAUCUCAGUAGGACCAAGCACUGGCCCUCUCCAUCUGACAGAGGUAUGGGGUGAAAAGUCCCAACACCUUGUCCCUGCUGAGUUGUGUGGCCGUGUCAUAGUAGAAAAUGUUUUCAUUUAGAUGGUGCAGGGAAACCAGAAUGCUCAGAUGCAGCUGAAUUUCUAACUAGCAUGAAGAGAGAGGAUUGAGUGAGUUUUUGCCUUGGAAAUGUUGGUGUGUGAUGUUCCGUCUCAGUGUUUCCCAGCUAGGUAAUAUUGUGAAACUUGUUCUGGAGUCCCCCAGGCAAUAUUCCUGCUAACAGGGACUGAAUUUACAAAAGGUGCUUGUAGAAAAGAAUGCAUUUUUUUUUUUCUUCUGUGGCUGCACCUUGAUCAUGUGGUGACUGAAAUUAAUGCAUUUCACAGCCUUUUUCAUUUCAAUAUCCAGACAGGAUAUUAUGUGUAAUACCACGUGAACCACCCUCCAGAUAUAGGUUGCUUUUCCAGUGAUUGCAUAUGGUGAAAGAAAUGAAGCCUCUUUUAUGUUACUCUUCUGUUUUUGAUAACAACUCCUUGGUUUAUACGGUUUGUUUUAUAAUUAAGCAAUACAAUGGAUAUAUAUUAGUGCUUCUUUCAUAUAUUGCACUGUAUGUUGGAAAGUAGCAGACAUACAACAGGGAAAUAUUUUUGAAACUGAAAGUGUUUCUUUCAUAUCAGACCUGAUUCUGUUCUCAGUUAUUCAAGUAUCCAUACAGAAUAAUUCCACGGGAGGAAGUGAAUUUCAUUUGGAUUUAUGUAGAUACUGCUAACAAAUGAAUUUGCUCUAUAUUAGUCUUUAAAAACAUAAUAUUAACCCAAAGAUAGUAAAGAUGCAUAAAGGAAUGCAGAGGUUCCUCCUGAUGUGCUUGAUGCUCAGGUAUUUUUUUUAAGAAGCUAGAAAGCUGCAGUUCAGAUGGUCAUAGAAAAAAUACUCAUUAGCCCAAAAUAAUUAACAUCUGUUUACACUUUCUUUUGAAAUUUAAGCAAAAGAAAAUCAAUUGAAAAUAAUGUUUAAAAUCUUUAUAUAGAACUCUGUUCAAAAAAUGAAAGGUUUAUGAGAAGUCCAUCACAUAUUUUUUCAAAAUAUUUUCCUAGAGGUUAAAAAUUAUGCUUGUAAGUGAUUAAACUGUGUAGAUAACUAAUGAGAUGUGUGGGGGUUUAUUUCUUGUAGAUGAAAACACAGCUGUAUUAAAAUUUUAAUACAAUGUUUUACCAUAAUUCCUGCAGGUAUUAAUAAAGUGGAAACUUCAGUUUGCUUGAGAUACAUAAAAAAAAAAAAAAAAAAAAAGGCAAAUCAAAUGCAAGAUAUGCUGUUAGAUGCUGAGUUUAUAUCAAUAAAUGUCUUGCAUCGGCUGUCACUAAACUUGCUGGUUUUGUCUU